AGACAUUCGUAAUUACACUGUACAGUACAGGCGCUAAACGAUCAUGGUAGUUUGCAAAUUUUUUAUGCAAGGAUAUUGUAGGUUUGGUGACAACUGUAAAUUUGAACAUCCAAGAGGAGGAAACGCAGGUUAUGCAUAUUCUGCACAGAGGCAGCUCUUCGGAGGUGGUGGGGGUGGUGGAUCAAGAUUUGGAGGUGGGGCAGGACAAAAUCCAUACAAAUGGACAGCUAAUGAUCAACAAAGAACACAAAACAAACCAGUGUCCCAGCAGACUUCUCCAAAUGACCUAAUAAACACAUUAAUAUCAGAGGUGAAAGAACUGGAGAAGACAAAAAUGUGGCCAUUUUCAUGCAUUGGAUUUGAAAAAGAUGAGUGUGUUCCAGUCAUGUAUUGGAGAGAAAGAUGUGUUCCAGAUUUUGAGGACACUUCACCAGAGGAGUUAAGACAUCUGGCAUAUGAAGCGCAAAAAUCAAAUAAUUUUCAAGGAUAUAUAGACUAUGUCCAAAAUCUACAGAAUGAGGUCCACAAAAAGAGGCAAAUGCUUGCAAACCCUCCCAUGCGCAUCAAGCAGAAAAUGCUCUCUCUGAUUGAUGACUAUCGAUUACGAAAAAACAGGUCUGGAAAUAGUUCUACACAUCAUUCAGUGUCAUUAUUCAGUAAUCCAUCCCCAAGUGAAAAUUCCUUUCAAUCAACAUCGUUUGGAAGUGACUCAAGCCAAGGGUCAUUUGGUGCUACAGGAUUUGGAGCCACUGGAACCUUUGGAGCAUCUGGAACACAAGGAUUUGGGACAUCAGGGUCAGCAGGAGGUUUUGGUGCAAGCUCCGAGUCAACUGGGGUCUUUGGAUCCUCUGGUGGUUUUGGAGCAAACAGUCUUUCAUCUGGAAGCUUUGGCUCAAGUCCAGGCUUUGGAGCAAGUCCUGCUUCAUCUGGAAGCUUUGGUGCUGGUGGGUUUGGUACAUCUUCCUUUGGAGCUCAACCAUCUGCUUUUCCAAAUCCUAAUCCAUUUGGAGGUUCCACUGUGAUGCCUUUAGCAUUUGGAAAUAACACCACAAAAUCUCCAAGUAUGUUUGAUAACAGUUCAACAAAUUCCCCAGCAAGUGCUUCAUCGUCCAGUGGAUUCCAGAGCCAAGGGACAAAUGUAUUUGGCUCUAGUCAGACAGUGGGACAUAACACAGGUGCCAGUGCUUCUUUCCAAAGUCCACAGCCAGUGUCCGUGGAGUCCAAUACUUAUACUCCUAUGGAUAAACUGACUGCUGAAGAGUUAGCAGAAUUUCAAGCUACUCAUUUUACGCUCGGAAAGAUUCCAACAAAACCACCCCCAAAAGAACUGUGCUUUUAAUUUCCUGAUUUACUGUUUGUAAAAUUUUACAUAUUUACAGAAAAUUUCAUUAUAAUUAGUUGAUCUUCUCAAAGAAUAGCUAGCAUCAUUCAAAGUGAAAUCAUAAAAAGUAGAUACAUUUGAAAGUCAUAUGGAUUAUCAUGCUUUAACUUUAUAUCAGUGGAUUAAAAUUGCCCACACACUUGUGAUUAGGUAAGAGAGAGAGAGAGAGAGAGAAUCAUGUAAAAACUGACUACCAUCUACUGGAUAGUCUGACAAUGAAUUUUCUUUAUUUCUUGAUAAUGACAAAAAUAAAAUUAAAACAAGAUGUUACCAAUGUCCUUUUCCUUAAAUCAUCAAAUCCAUAAAACUAAGAGACAUUAAAGGUUCCCUAUUCUGGUAACACCCUCCCCCUUCUCUUAGGAUGAAAAUCUCAAUUCUGAAACCUAAUAUUACAUAUUUAUAGGACACCUGCUACUAGAUUUCAAAAUAUGAAUGGGGUAUGAUGAAAAAUGUAAGAGGGGUUCAUGGAACUAUGUUUAUGUACAAAAUCAGAAUUAAAAAAUUGAAAUUU